AUGGGUCCUUUCAGCCGCCCCGCAGACGGAUGGCCCGUCGCCAUGACAACCAGCAUUGUGGGCCGUCUGAGCGGCCGGGUCCCGGCGCCCCCCGCCCCUCCCCCGGGCCCCGCCGUAUGGUGCGUGUGGCGCUGGCAGCUGCUGUCCAAAGAAGGCACCUCUUUGUCUCCAGGGGAUGAAAGGCACUCGGUUUUCAUCGCCCCCUUUCUCUCCGCCGACCCCGCGCCCCGCGCCCCGACCCCAGAAGGUGCCCCCCGGCCCCCGCCCGGAGCCGAGGGGAGCUCGCUUUGGGCAUCCCGGGAGCCUUUCCCAGCGCUGCUCCGGAGCCCCGGCCCGCGUCGCUCGCCCCUCAGAUCCAACAGCACCACCUUCCGUAGCCGAGAGCUCAUUACCGGCCCGGGCCGGGCUGCGCGGAUGCUCUGGGCGUCGAGCGGGAAGCCGGCUCUGCCUGUUUGUGGCAAUGAGGACUGGGACAAGCUCUUUGCCGCAUCUACUGCGAGAAGGAAGACCAUUCUCAGCAAUCAGACUGUCGACAUCCCAGAAAAUGUCGACAUUACCUUGAAGGGAUGGACAGUUAUCGUGAAGGGCCCCAGAGGCACCCUGCGGAGGGACUUCAAUCACAUCAAUGUAGACCUGAGUCUCCUUGGAAAGAAAAAGAAGAGGCUCCGUGUUGACAAAUGGCGGGGAAACAGAAAGGAACUGGCCACUGUUCGCACAAUCUGUAGUCACGUACAGAACAUGAUCAAGGGUGUUACACUGGGCUUCCAUUACAAGAUGAGGUCGGUGUAUGCCCACUUCCCCAUCAACGUUGUUAUUCAAGAGAAUGGUUCUCUUGUGGAAAUCCGAAAUUUUUUGGGUGAAAAAUACAUAUGCAGGGUUCGAAUGAAGCCAGGGUUUGCCUGUUCAGUAUCUCAAGCCCAGAAAGAUGAGUUGAUUCUUGAAGGAAAUGAUAUUGAACUUGUGUCAAAUUCAGCUGUUUUGGUUCAGCAAGCCACCACAGUUAAUAACAAGGAUAUCAGAAAAUUUUUGGAUGGUAUCUAUGUUUCUGAAAAAGGAACAGUUCAGCAGGCUGAUGAAUAA